AUAGUUUUACUAUUUGAAAAAUGACAGACUUUUUAAAUUAUUCUUCAUUAUUAAUUUCUACAACAAUAAAACAUUAUCUUAAUGGACCUCCAAGACCUUCAUGGAAUUUGAAAAAUCAUUUAUCUUUUGCAAAGUUUGUAUUAUUCAAUAGUGCCGAAACAAUUGAGCAAUUUCAAAGUGUCAGUUCUCUUCCUGUUCCUGCAAAAACUGGCGUGAUUAUAAAUGAAUUUAAGAUAAACAAUAAAUAUAGAAAUGAAGCACAAGUUUAUCUUGAUAAAAUUUUGAAACCAUAUGAACAUGUUUUAGACCCUGAAUGGAAAAAUUUAAAAGAUGAUGGAAUUUUUGCUGAAUGGGUUCAAGUUCCUAAUGAUGAAUGGGAAAAAAGAGAAGUUAGGAAAACUAUUUUGUAUUUACACGGUGGAGCUUAUUCUUUUCUUUGUAAAAAAUCUCAUCGUCCUAUUACAAGCUCUUUUGCUAAAAUGGCAAAUGCAAGAGUUUUAGUAAUCAAUUACCGGCUAGCACCUCAAAAUCAAUUUCCUGCCGCAUUACAUGAUGCAUUAUCUGCUUAUUUAUAUCUUUUAAAUCCUCCAAAAGAUGCGGGAUUUGAACCUUUAAAUCCAAAAAAUAUUGUCUUUGCUGGUAAUAGUGCUGGAGGCGGUUUAAGUCUAGCUCUUGGUCUUGCUAUACGUGAUGCUGGUUUGCCAUCAUCGGCUGGUAUUAUCGGUUCGAGCCCAUGGGUUGAUCUAACAGUUAGCAUGCCUUCAAUAAUAAAUGAUGAAUGUGCUGAUUUUCUUCCAAAUCUGAAAAGUGGUCUUGCUGAUAAAUUUACAGAAUCUCAAGCUAGUAAAGAAUACAAAGAAAAAGAUGCUGCGUUCGCAGCGAAGAUUAAGAACCAAAAUCUUGGUCCAAAAAUUUGGCAUGAUUCCUUUAAUAGACCUGAUGGAAGAUUACAAUUAUACGUAGCUAAUGAAGGUUUAGCAAUUCCAUAUGUUAGUCCAAUGUUAGCUGAAAGCUUAUGCGAUUUGCCUCCUUUAUUAUUGACUGCAGGAGAUGAUGAAAGAUUACGAGAUGAAAUAAUUUAUUUUGCUCAUAAAUCUGCUGAACCAACUAAAUAUAAAGGUCCAUCUUAUAAUGCUGGUAAAUUUGAAAAAUCUCCAUUCCAAACUCCGACAAAUACUACACUUGAAAUAUAUGAAGAAAUGCCUCACGACUUCCAAUUGUUAAUGGAGCAUGUUUGCACUACGAAGUCAUAUGAACGUAUGGUUGAAUUUAUAAAUAGGGUGACGAAUAUUCUUAACGAACCUCUUCCUCCUCUUCCUCCUUCCUCUUAUAAUUACAUAAAUGUUAAAGGAGAGUUUGGUCCUUUAAAGGAACGUCAUGAAAAAGUUCUUAAUUGGGAUAAAAUUGGCAUUGUACCAAGCUAA